CAGCGUUCUUGGCUCAAGCGAAUGUGGCUCAAGUGAGGCGGUGGCUCAAGGCUCAAGCCCGAAUCACCCACCAGCAUCCGCAGCGCCCGCGCGCAGCGAUCCGACGCGGGCGCCGUCGCCUUCGCCACGCCCGCCGCCGGCUCCGGCUGGGCAGCCGGCUUUCGGGGCGCCGGGAGGGGCGCCUCGCUGACCGCCGCGGCGUGCGCCGCCCAGCCGGAGGUGCUCGGCGCCCGGCCUGGCGGCGCCUCGCCCUGGCUGCUCGGCUCUGCGGCCCUGGUCGCCGCGUCUGGUCGCCGCGUCCGCGGCCGGCGCCGGGAGGCCAUCCCGCGGCUCGCGCCGUGCGCUGUCCGCGGCGGCGGUCGCAGUGGGGAAAGCGCCCGCGGCCACCACGGAGGACGCCCUGGAGCCCCCGCCGCCGCCGCCAUUCGCCCCCGCCAAGGCCGUCGGCGUGACGGCGCCCUUGGGCUACUUCGAUCCGCUCGGGUUCUGCCAGGUCGGUGACUACGAGGCCUUCCACAAGCUCCGCAGCUCCGAGCUGAAGCACGGCCGCGUGGCUAUGAUGGCCGCCCUCGGGACCGUGUUCCAGCUCUUCGUGAAGCUCCCCGGCUUCGAGAGCAUCCCUGCCGGCCUCGGGGCGAUCACUGACGGCGUCGGCAUCUUCGGGUUCAGCUGCCUCAUCCUUCCUGUCGUUCUCUUACUGGAGUGCGUGUAUUGGCUGGACGACGAUGUGUCCAAGGAGCCCGGCAAUUUCGGGGACCCGGGCAACUGGGCGGGGCUCUUCGGCGCUUUCGGCGGCGGCUACAGCGACGAGAUCUGGAACAAGGAGAUCAACAACGGCCGCAUGGCGAUGAUCUCGAUCACGGGCAUCUUCGUGGCGGAGCUAGCCACUGACAAGGACGGCAUCCAGCAGUUCGGCAUUGACGUCGCAGAGGCCCGGACAAGGGCCACUUCCACGGCUGGAGCGGCUUCAGUUGCAUGACCACCGACGGCGGCGAUUGCCAGAAGGUCUGUUCGGCGACGCCCUCGCAGCACACCUCAUCAUGUUCGCCGUUAUCGUGGUCUGGUCCGGUUUGCUCUCCGGCGUCGCCUUCUCUCUGCUCAAGUGAAUUGGCCUCCUAUGCAACAACGGCGCCACGGAGCCGUCGAGCAGUCCGAUUUCUAGCCGUACGACGCCUACGGCCAUUUCCUUGAGGCCUUCUCUCGGGAGUGAUAAUUCCUCCCGUUCCACAGGGUUGGUGCUAAACCCGAAAAGAAAUAAAACAAAUAACAAUUUGCGAAAAGCACCAUGGAGGUUUGGGGUGAACCGCAGAAACCCCUGUUUCGAGCUACAGUUUGAAAUUCAUGGGCCGCCCUCGCCCUGCAGACAAGCCGCGGGGCUCAGGCGAGCACCCGUUGCCAGGAGAGCAACUGCAUGUUUCCUCUCCUCGCUCUCUUCCUCCCUCCUCCCCUCUCUCCUGUUCCUCCGCCCCUCCUAGUGGUGUCGGGGCGAAGCGCUCGGCAACCGGGGGCGGCUACCGCGCCAGAGCCCUGGCGCCGUCCCGUCCGCGCCGGCCGCGCGUUGCUGCCCGUCUGCCGCAUCAGGCCUCUUGUUUUGGUGCGGCCGCCACGUUUUAGUCUCAGUUCGCCAUUUUGUCUUCGUUAGUCACCGCCUCCAUGGUCGUGCACUGUCGGUCUCACGGCGUUGUGUUCUCGCGCUAUUCGUUGGCGCGUGCCUUCGCCUUUGAGCUUUCUUUGUUACAUCACUUCUUCACCCCAGCUCUUCCGCACAUUGUACGCUGCUCCCGGACGUGUGGCUGAGGAAGUGUGGCCGCGGCGAGCUUCGGCUUUCGCCCGCCCUGCCCGCCUUGCCGGUGCAGCCUGCGUUGUGUCUGCUGCUCCCAGCGUGUCCGGCUGUGCUUGUACAGCUCGUGUCUCGUGCCAGUCGCUCUCGCAGGGCGGCCGCAUUAGGCAUCUCGCUUAUCUUCCCUCCCUCCUUCCGUUUUUGGUUUUCUCCUUCUCUUUGCUAGUGUCCUCCUCGUUUUAGUAUAUGUGUUUUUGUUGCUCUGGUUGCAUCCCGUCCCCGCGCACGGCUUUAGCUUGAAACGGGGGGCUCUGCGCGACGGGGUCGAUGCACGUGUAAAGGCGUGCGCCCGUGGAGCAAUUGUAUCACAUUGCCUGAUUCGAGCUCUGCGCGUUUCACUCUGACGCUGGGUGGUUGGAUUGACAGGUGGCUGCGUUAUCUUCUUCUUCCCCCCCCAAAAAAAAGAAGAUCUCCAGCGUUCUUGGCCUUCCCAGGGAAGCAGCCGAGACUGCCACCCACCGCGCGCCGUUGCCGCGAGGCCGAGCGCGCACAGUCCGCAGCAGCGUGUGCCCGCCGCCGAGCUCUGCCUCCGCGGGAGACGAUUCAGGAGCGACAACACGCACACACACACACAAUCG